GCAAAGGGCGGUAAUUUUCUCAUAACAGCCAACGUCAAAGGUUGAACAGUGAGGUCAUUUACUAAUAGGAACUUCCGCUGGAACUUAUCGUGAGCAGGUCUGGGAUAAUUUUUUCAUUUCCUGAUUCGGUGCCAGGGACAUUUGCAGGGCGGUUGUAGCGGUGGUAAGUCGUAGGGUGGGUGAAAUCUGGCCAUUCGUCAAUCGAGGACUGUCUAAAUAUAGACGAGUGUCAUGAAACCAAGGGGAGAGAAGAAAUAAGACACUUCAGAUAUGAGUCGCGACAAAGUUGUGGCCAGCAAUGGAAAGCCAGUUACGUCCCCUGCCGACCCCCUCCGCGAGGAAGUGACGAUGAGCGAGGCCAUACCGAUGGGCAACUCAACAGUACAUCCACGCAGGCUUGUGGACAGCAACAAUGAGGAGGGUGAAGGCCGGCGGCCCGAGACAGACGACUCGGAUGGAAACAACCCUCUCACGCCUGAAUCUUUCGCUCCCCUGCUGUCUACGAAUCAGUUUCUGGUUAGAAAAAUGGCGUCACAAGCCCUAAUGGACGUAGCGCUGAUGAUGGCAAACAUCUCACAACUACGUACACUAGUUGUUGCAGGUCCGGACAACAUGGAGUACUUCUACGCUUUGAUCACACUGGUGGGCUUCUCAUUGGCUGCCCAAAUCAUCUUCGCUAUCCUCAUCUUCAUCAUCUGGGUGAGGGAGAGUGACCAGCACCAGAGGCAUGAGUACCUCACCUCACUACAGAAGCGGCCAAAUACAGGGGCGAAUAACUCAAGCGUGACGCCCGAGGAACUUGAUGAGGAUUUCCGCCAACAGAGGAUCACCAACCACCUGAACUACGUCACCAUGGUGCUCGUCUUCACCAUCACAGUAGCCAACAUGUUCAUCACGGGGUUCGGGAUCAAACUGGAGGUCCCUAACGUCAAGUCGAACCCUUGACCGUCGACAGGUCAACUCUUGACCGUUGACAGGUCAACACUUGACCGUUGAAUGGUCAACACUUGACCGUCGAUAGGUCAACUCUUGACCGACGUCAGGUCAACACUUGACCGUUGACAGGUCAACUCUUGACCAUCGACAGUGAAGUCUUGACCGUUGACAGGUCAACUCUUGACCAUCGACAGUGAAGUCUUGACCGUUGACAGGUCAACUCUUGACCGUCAUUAGAUCGACACUUGAUCGUCGUCAGGUCAACUCUAGACAGCGGUCAAUACGUUGACAAUUAACAUCACCGUCAGUCCCAAGUUUGAGGAACACGUGACUCUGUUCAUCACACCAACAUUAAUAAAACAUUUCAACUCUUUAUUAAACUAAACCAUUCUCAGACGAACUAAAAAAGUACAGGUAACAAAACUGUCGCCAGAGGAACGGAUGAAACAAAAAUAACAAAAGUCAUACAAAGGUAGAGCUACUUGUUUCAGGGACAGUCAGAGUAUACAUAACAUCUCUCGUAGCCUUUCUCAAUGUCAUAAGUCAGCACCAUAUGUUCCACUCUGGUUCCCCGUAUGUUUCAUAUAAUAGACACUGCACAGCAGAUUCUGUGUUGUUUCUGUAACAAUAGUACUACACUCUGUAUAGUAAAUCGUCUGUUGUUGCUAUCAUAACGUGUAACAAUAUUACUUGACUCUGUGUAGCAAAUCCUGUGCUGACAAUAGCGACACCCAGAGGCGUAGCGACCCUUCCCGGCGCCCGGGGCGAACUUUCAAUUUGGCGCCC